UCCGUUUUUACUGACAGGUGUCGGCUGCCAGCUGCCGAAUUUUUUUUCUUCGCUGUACCAACAUUCGCUUUCCCAACAUCACUUCCGUAUAAUUUACGAGUUUAAGAGCCUAAUUGUCCCAUACAGGCGGGAGAUUUGGAAACAGCUCUUUGUUUCUGUACUGCUCGUGUUAAGUAGGAUACAGAAAUAUACAGAUCCUUCCAGGCAGAUCGUCCAUCGUCAGAUCUGUGAAUUAAUGGCAGUCAGCGGCCAAAUUGACCCGUUAGACUUUCUAACGAAUGAAGAGUUGCAACUUUUUCUCCACCGCAAGAAGACAGAGAUUUCCUGCAUAGAACAACCGCACGCAUUUCUCACUCAGCUGCGCGACCACGACCUGAUGCCGGAGGAACUUUUUGAGAAGGUGAAAGGGAUGCGCUAUCGUGAGGAGAAGCAGGAGCGCGUCUAUGAUGUUCUGGACCGGCUGGAGAAAGAGAAAUCUCAGUGCAUGCAUCAGUUCUGGCGUUGUGUGUUUGAAGAUCAUAUCCUGCAGCUGUACCCAACGCUACAACGGCUCAGAAACAGCCUGCUGGACGGCAUCUUCAAUGAGUUCUAUGAGAAUUCUCCGGAUGUUGUCUUAUCACGGACAGAUAAGAGUAAAGGAAAGGGGGAGAAAGAAAAGGAGUGGAAAAACACUAGAAAGAGAAAUAAAGAUGAUGAAAAUGGUGAGGAUAGUGAUGAUCCGGGUCCUUCCUCUGCUUCCACACCCACUCAGGAGAAACCUGCCAAGAAACCCUCAUUCUCAUCUCCUGUGAAGAAAGGAGACACACAUGAGCUGCCUAUAAACUGUGGGGAUAAAGAGGGCACUCUCUAUUGGGACGAACUGACUAAAGGCACCUUCGAAUUCUAUGAGAAUUCUGCGGAUGUUGAGACACAGACGGAGAAGAGUGAAGGAAAGGAGGAGAAAGGAAAGGAGAGGGCAAACACUAGAAAGAGAACUAAAGAUAAUGAAAAUGGUGAGGAUAGUGAUGAUCCGGGUCCUUCCUCUGCUUCCACACCCACUCAGGAGAAACCUGCCAAGAAACCCUCAUUCUCAUCUCCUGUGAAGAAAGGAGACACGCAGGAGCUGCCUGUAAACUGUGGGGAUAAAGAGGGCACUCUCUAUCAGGACAAACUGUCUAAAGGGGAGAAGUGCAUUUUGUCCCAGGGACACUGGUUCACCCCAUCUGCUUUUGAGAAGUUUGGGGGAAAGGAAAGGUUAAAAAACUGGAAAUUCAGCAUCCGCUACCAAAACACACCGCUUAAGAAACUCAUAGAGGAGGAGCAUAUUCAGUCUCCACCAAUGGAGAGGAGAAAGAGGAUAUGUGCCCCAAAAGAAGAGAUGACAGAUCUGUCAGUUUUCCAGGCUCUCUCUUUACCAGUCACCUGUGUUUCGCUUACUGGGACUCUAUACAAAGACAGGUUUGCAUCAGGGAGUUGUGGGAAAUGUAUACGGACCGAGGAAAGCUGGUUCACUCCAGAGGAAUUUGUGAAGCAGGAACCAACUCUCACUGAUGGACACUGGAGAAAAGAUAUACUGUGCCAUGGAAAAACUCUCAACUUUUUACUCGAGGAAGAGAUCCUGCGCAUCCAUUCUCUUCUGUGUGAAUGUGUGAAAUGCAGUGAUCAACCAGAAGACCUGAUGGCACAGAAAAAUGACGACGUGUGUUUCGUGUGUGACUCUGGGGGAGAUCUUGUGUGUUGUGACGAAUGUCCACGAGCUUUUCAUUCACACUGUCACCUACCAGCUGUGGACGGAGACUCACCUGGGGAAUGGAUUUGUACCUUUUGCGUGUUAAGAACCAGUCAGCAAUGGCGUGACUCCAGUAGCAUGACUGAACAAGAAGCUUUCAACGCUCCAGUGUCGCAAUACAGAUUGCACUGCCACUAUCUCCUGUUAUGUGUGUACAAGGAGGACACUCAGAGGGUGUUUGUAGAGGAUCCACGCCAAACAGUGUCCAGAUACUCUCAGUUCAUUUCUCAGCCAAUGUGGCUGGACAGAAUAAAGCUAAAGCUGGAAAGUGACGAGUAUCAGACGGUUGAAGCGUUUGUCUCUGACUUUCAGCUCAUUUUCAGCAAUUGCAGAACAUUCAAUAGAGACAAUAAGUUUGGGAAAAUGGGUGCCAGGCUGAAGGAAAUGUUUGAGAAGGAGUUCCAGAAAAUCUUCACAAUCCAAUAACAGCCAAAAAUCACAAAAAUCUAACCUUUCAUUCAAAAAAUUUUAAAUGUGGGGAAAAUCUCUUUAUGAAAUAACUGUUUUUCUCCAAAACACGUUGGCCACAAUUAUUGGCACCAUUGUAUUAAAUAUUUUUUUCAACCUUCUUUUUGCCAAGAUAACAGCUCUGAGUCGUCUUCUAUAAUGCCUGAUGAGUUUGGAGAACACCUGACAAGAGAUCAGAGACCAUUCCUUCAUACAGAAUCUCUACAGAUCCUUCAGAUUCCCAGCUCCAUGUUGGUGCUUCUUCUCUUCAGUUCACUCCACUCCUUUUCUUUAGGGUUCAGGUCAGGGAACUGGGACGACCAUGGCAGAAGCUUCAUUUUGUGCUCAGUGACUCAUUUUUGUAUUGGUUUUGAUGUUUGUUUUGGAUUAUUGUCCUGAUGGAAGAUCCAACAACGGCCCAUUAUAAUAUUUCUAGCAGAGUUUUUAUUUUUUAUCUGUUGGUAUUUGAUAGAAUCCAUGAUACCAUGUAUCUGAACAAGAUGUCCAGGACCUCCAGCAGAAAAAUAGGUCCACAGCAUUAAAGAUCCAGCAGUAUAUUUAACCGUGGGCAUGGGGUACUUUUUAUCCAUGUGUGCACCAAACCCAUCUGGUGGGUUUGCUGCCAAAAAGCUCUUUUUUUAGUUUCAUCUGACCAUAGAAGCCGGUCCCAAUUGAAGUUCCAGUCAUGUCUGACAACUGAAUAUGCUGGAGAUUGUUUCUGGAUGAGAGCAGAGGAUUUGCCCUGAUAGUGGAAAUGGGGAUUUUCAAUACUUUAGCUAUUUUCUUACAGCCACUUUUUAUUUUGUGAAGCUCAACGAUCUUUUGCUGCACAUCAGAACUAUAUUUUUUGGUUUUACUCAUUGUGAUGAAUGAUUAAGGAACUCUGGCCUUUGUGUUUCCUCAUAUUUAUACAACAGGAAGUCAUGGCUGGACAAUUUCAUGCUCCUAGUCACCCUGGCAUGCUAAAAAAUGUAAAAAUUAAUGGGAAUAUAUACUUUAGAGAUAUUUUACUCAUAAAAAAUUCUAGGGGUGCCAAUAAUUGUGGCCAAUGUGUUUUGGAGAAAAACAAAAUUUCAAUUCAUUUAUUCUUUUUUUUUUCUCUCUAAGAAAAUGUGUCAUCAAAGUGUGUCUUUGAACUUCUGAGGGUUGUGGUCUGUAGCUGGCUUCUGCUUGCUGCUUGCUUGUAUGCUCUCUCUCUCCAAAAGAUCUUCCAGCCCAAGAGCUCUAAAGGCCCUCUUUUUAUAUACUUACUAUUGACACACAUUAUCUCUACAUUUAAAAAUGUUGCUUCUACUUGUGUUAACAUUUCCCACAUGCAUUUAAUCGUUACAUUGCUUGCAUCAGUUGCUUUAUUUACUUGCGUCAACACUUUUUCAUGUUUGCAUCAAAGUCAUUAGCAAUACACACAUUUUAUUGUA